CUCUCUCUCUCAAACAUGCCUAAUGACCCAGCUAACGGCGUCGGCAAAGCAGACUCAAUGAACGAUGGCUUUGAACCGAAGGGUAGCUACGGCCUAAGCGGUCGAAUAAUGCUAACCGCAAUCGUGAUGCUGUUCGCCGUGGUGGUCCUCAUGGUCUGCCUCCACAUCUACGCUCGCUGGUACCUCCACCGCGCGCGCCAGCUCCAGCUCCGCCGCCGCCGCCGUCGCGGCAGCCGCACCACCCUGAUCUUCUACUCCGAAGAGCCCAACUCCGCCGCCGCCUCGGGCGGCCUCGACGCCGCCCUCUUGGGAUCCCUCCCCGUCUUCCUCUACUCGGCCCAAACCCACCCCCACGUGGUGGAAUGCGCCGUGUGCUUAUCGGAGUUCGAGGAGAACGAGAAAGUCCGUGUCUUGCCCAAAUGCAAUCACGGGUUUCAUUUGGAUUGUAUCGACAUGUGGUUUCACUCCCACUCCACAUGCCCGCUGUGCCGGUCGCCGGUCGAACCGGUGGUUGAAGCGAGAGAUUAUGUCGUUUCGGUUGGUGAUAUAGAAUCCGGUUUACCCGGUACGAGUUCUGGGUUUUGUGACAGGUGCCAAGGAGAGGAACACAGUUCGUCGUCGAGAAACCGGCCAAACCAACAAACACACGACGUUGCGCAGACGCCACGGCUGGGCGACAGGAGGAAGGGGUUGGAGCUGCAAAGGGUGACGAUCGAGGUGCCGAGGAGGCACGAGUUCGGGGACGGGUUGAGGCUGAGUUCACCCGCGAGUCAGGGGUUGAGAUCGCCGGUGUCGGCUGGGUUCAUGUCGUUGAAGAGAAUACUCAGCUUCAACGCGAAAGGAGUGCCGGUUUCGCCGGGUGUGGGAACGAGUCGCGGGGUCGCGACGAGCGAGUUGGAUGUGGAGAGCGGAAGGGACGAGUCGACUCAGGGGCAAAGCCGGGUUCAAACGCCGAGAUAAGUUCAGAGAAUAUUCUACGGCUGAGUCAGGUAACGCGGCGGCGGCGGCGGAAACGGAUAAAGCAGCUUUCGGCGACUUGUCAGGCUAGUCUUGUCUCAAGGAAUGUGGUUGGCACGUGGCAUUGUUGUUAACUAUUUGAUUAUUUUGGGCAGGACACGUGGGAGUUAUCUAAAGGGUGGUUAUUUUCUAACAGGAGUCCUUUGCUGACUCGGUAUAUUUGACCUUGUACAUAUAUAUCACAUCGUUUAUUUAUGUUCUCAGUUUUUUUAUUUUAAGGAAAGGCAAGAACAUGUGCCAAAUGAGUUACUGUACUACACAUCAUGUCAAUAUUGGUGAGGAAUUUUGUAAGAUGUAUGUUACUUAGCCCCCCGCCUCCGAACUCGAGACCUUGAUAAACUUGGAACGAUCAUUUGGUCAAAUAGGAACUCGAAACUUUGGAGAAUUCAGAACGAUCACCUGGCAAUUGGGCCAGAUUCAUCUGUUUUGUUUCUUUACACUUUUGUACCUUGCCUAAAAUAUACGGGAGUUGUUUUGGUCGCUCAAGAGAGAGGUUAUAAUGGCAUUGCAAAAGUUGUUUCUUAUUAGCUGGUUAAGGUGUUAUUUUGUCAAAAAACAUACAAACUUGUUUCAUCCUUUAUAUUAAUGAUUUUGGCAUGACCGCAUGUUUUCCCUCAAUACCCUUUCAGCAUUUCUAACACUUCAAACUUGAUGUUGUGAGUUUGAUAAUUCCUAAAUUUGAUGUCAAAUUUGAUCCUAGAAUAAUAGUAGUGUCGAAAUUGUUGGGACUGUAUUUCGCACGACGGCAAACAAGACAUUGUCAAAUUUUAAUGCUAUAUUUCGGCUUUGACAACUUCGUACUUACGAGAGUAGUGAUGCCACUAUAGUUAAGCAUAGGAUAAGAGGUCGGCGCACAUUGAAGUAGGUGUGUAGACAGAAACACUAGUGAUCAAUGUCUUGUAUUGUAGAAUUAAAUAAGAAUGAAAUUAAGUUAUUUGGUGAACUUGACUCACUAUACUUAUGAUAUGGUAUACUAUACAUUUUAUGCUGUGAUCGUUUAAUUUUUUACGAGAGCAACAAGGCCCCAAUAAUGGCCCAAUAUGUAUAUUUUACAUGUUUGACUCUCCCCUUUUUUUUUGCUUGGCGUGGUAAUUGAUACUCUUUGGACUUGCACCGCUUGUAAGCCACUUAACGGUACCACUUCUCCACCCCUUAGAAAUAGGCUAGACAUCUAUGGAGUGAAAAAAAGAAAAA